CUUCCACCCUGGAUUAGGAUGUAUUUGGUGGCAGUAUGAUUAGGUUAACAUCAUUAACUCAUUAUACCCUAUGCAAUUGGAAGAUAUUAGGUUCUUCUCCUUAUUAUCAAUGUCCUAAAAUUUCAUUGUCUGUCUAGGUGUGGUGAGGUCCACAUUCAUCUUUUUUCUUUUACCUCUUUUUAUUGUAUGAUUUAUUAUUUACAUUUAAUUAUCGUACAUCUGUAUAAUGUACAAUAUGAUUCAAUAUAAAAAUGUAUUUGGACAUUUUUUCUAGUAUUUCUUUGAUAUGUUCCUCUCCUUCAUCUUGGCUUUUUGUUCUUUUUAGCCUUUCUUUUCCUGAAAUAAACGUCCAUGUGUCAGAUAUUUUUGUGAUCAUGCUCCCUCUAUUUUAUCUUUUCUUUCAUGUUUUCUUUCUUCCCUGGUCUACAUCCUGGCUGAUAUCUUUUGUUCUGUUUUUUUUUUUUUUUUUCCUCCAAAUCACAAAGUAUCAAAGUCUGAACAUAGUCCUUGGAGAUCACCUAGUUAAAUUCCCUUAUUUUACAGAUUGAGAAGCUGAAGCCCAGAAAGGAAGAUGAAUUAAGGAGGUGACAUGGCUUGCCCACAGUCACACAUGGGUGUAGAACUAGAGCUAUCUGACUCCAAGCCUGUGGGUUUUCUCACAGCCAAGAAGCCUUCAUCAAUAUAGCCUUUCAUCUUUUCCCUUAGACAUUGGAGAAUGACCCAUUGGUAAAAAGGAACAGUUGGGUGAAUUACUAGCCUGGCCAUGGACACUGCCAACAGGUCUGCAGAGGGAGCCCCAUUCAUCCUACUGGGACUGACAGCAAGUCCUGGGCAGCAGAGACCUCUCUUCAUGCUGUUCUUGGUCUUGUAUGUGGCAGGCAUCCUCGGUAAUGGACUCAUUGUGGCUGCAAUCCGGGCCAGCCCUGCCCUUCACGCACCCAUGUACUUCCUACUGGCCCAUUUGUCCUUUGCUGACCUCUGCUUUACCUCUGUCACUGUGCCCAAGAUGUUAGCCAACUUGUUAGCCCAUGACCGAUCCAUCUCUCUGGCUGGCUGCCUCACCCAAAUGUACUUCUUCUUUGCCCUGGGUGUAACUGAUAGCUGUCUCCUAGCUGCCAUGGCCUAUGACCGCUAUGUGGCCAUUCGGCAUCCACUCCACUAUGCCACAAGGAUGUCCCGGGCAGUAUGCACAGCCUUGGUGGGGACAGCAUGGCUGGUGUCCCAUGUCCACUCCCUCCUGCAUAUCCUGCUCAUGGCCCGCCUGUCCUUUUGUGCCUCCCACCAAGUGCCCCACUUCUUCUGUGACCACCAGCCUCUCUUGAGGCUCUCAUGCUCUGACACCCACCAUAUUCAGCUCCUCAUCUUUACUGAAGGUGCUGCAGUGGUGGUCACUCCCUUUCUGCUCAUUCUCGCCUCCUACGGGGCCAUAGCGGCUGCUGUACUUCGGCUGCCCUCAGCUUCUGGGAGGCUCCGGGCUGUGUCUACAUGUGGCUCCCACCUGGCUGUGGUGGGCCUCUUCUAUGGUACGGUCAUUGCAGUAUACUUUCAGCCCACGUCUCGCUAUGAGGCAGAGCGGGGCCGUGUGGCCACUGUCAUGUACACAGUCAUCACCCCCAUGCUGAAUCCUGUCAUUUACAGUCUCCGGAACCGCGAUGUGCAGGGGGCACUCCGAGCCCUUUUCACUAGGCAGAGGAUCUCAGCUGGUGACUCAUGAGGGCAGGACCCUACCAAAGACAGACCGCACCACUCACAGUGACAACUUGUGAGUGUAAUCACCUUUUCUCUGCUAUCUUCAAAAAUCUUAAUAUCCUUCAUUUUUUUUCUUUUUUGAUUUUUAAGACAGGCUCUCUGUCAUGAUCCUUCUGCCGCAGGCUCCCAAGUAGCUGGGACUACAGGUGCUCACCACCACACUCAGGUUUCAGAGUGAGACAGAAUUGAACCCAGAUCUUCCAUGUGGCCUCACAUGAAAGCAGCAGCAUCAACCAGCAUGGCUGGAUCCUAAUGGCUACCAUUUUCUGAGCACUUACCCUCACUUUAUUCUUAUAGAAAUCAGAGA